UAUUUUUUUUAUUUCACCUUUAUUUAACCAGGUAGGCUAGUUGAGAACAAGUUCUCAUUUGCAACUUCGCAGUUGCAAAUGGCCAAGAUAAAGCAUAGCAGUGUGAACAGACAACACAGAGUUACACAUGGAGUAAACAAUUAACAAGUCAAUAACACAGUAGAGAAAAAAAAGGGGAGUCUAUAUACAUUGUGUGCAAAAGGCAUGAGGAGGUAGGCGAAUAAUUACAAUUUUGCAGAUUAAUAACACUGGAGUGAUAAAUGAUCAGAUGGUCAUGUACAGGUAGAGAUAUUGCUGUGCAAAAGAGCAGAAAAGUAAAUAAAUAAAAGCAGUAUGGGGAUGAGGUAGGUAAAAAUGGGUGGGCUAUUUACCGAUAGACUAUGUACAGCUGCAGCGAUCGGUUAACUGCUCAGAUAGCAGAUGUUUGAAGUUGGUGAGGGAGAUAAAAGUCUCCAACGAUUUUUGCAGCGGGGUAUGAAACAAUACCUGUCUACACAAAAUUAUUACAUUUUUUAUCAUAAUUUUCAACUGAAAGUGGUUCACUUAACAGCCAUUCCCAUAUCAUAUACACUCCCAUCUGUAUUAAUUUGGACAGUGAAGCAAAAAUGUGUACAUUUGGCUCUAUACUCCAGCAUUUUGUAUUUGAAAUAAAUAAAAUGUUUCAUAUGAAGUGACAGUACGGAAUGUCACCUUUUAUGUGAGGGCAUUUUCAUACACACCGGUUUUACUGUUUAGAAAUUAAAGCACUUUAUGUCUCUAGUCCCCCUCAAAAAAUGCUAACCUCUCACCAUUACCAAUAACAGGGGAGGUUAGCAUUUCUCGCUCAUCAUUAUUCAGGAUUCAUUCAUGAUUAUCCAUAAUCAUGGGAGCAUCCACAUUAAUGUAGAAGUGUUCAGAAACAUCUUCUAUUCUUAUUUAAAAUAAAAGUGACUCCAAAAUGACACAAUACAUGAUUUACCAUUCAGUUCCUACUGGGCAAGACAUUAUCCGAAACACAACCAAAAACUGCAAAUGCUUCCAACAACAGUUUGUAGAGUCACAAGCUUGACAUAGUCAUUGCGUGCUAGGAAUAUGGGACCAAAUACUAUACUUUUGACUACUUACUAUACUAUAAUUUCAUUGUUCCAAAUAAAACGUAUUCAAAAUGGGUGGACUAGAUACACGAAGUGAUAUCUAAACAGUAAAACAGAUAUAUAAUGAAACAUUUAAUCUCAUAUCCAAAAUUCUGGAGAAUAGGGCCAAAUGUACACAUUUUUGCUUCUCUGCAGCACAAUGUUAUUCAAUAUAAAUCAUCACCAACCUUCUGGGUAAAGCAGGCUAUUAAGUAACAGAUUCCUAUACAAUAAAUUGGUGAUUAGGAUGAAAUUAGUAGGACCAUAGUUAAUAGAAAAAUCUAUUAAAAGAUGGCCAAUGUUUUGCUGAUUAAAUGCAUAGGGUCGAAUAUACCUUGACUAUUAUGCAUCUAUCCGUUACAAUCUAUUAUUAUCUGUUGUUACAUUGGUGAAGUUCGUUUGGCAUGGCCCGGUGCCCCGGGUGGCUGGCUAUUUCACUCAAGGACCAAUGGAAUGGUCCUAAAUUAACAACUCCGCUAACCCGGGGCACCAGCCCACGCAAAACGAACCGAAUAAUGUCUCAAUCAGUUGUUACAAUUGCAUCGCCAUCAACUCACAGCCAAUCCCCUAAAACCAAACCGUACUUAUUUCAAUAAUGAUACGUUUGAACCAAUCAGCUUAUGGUGGGCGUGGAGAGGUCCUCUCGCCGGCUAAAUUCAUUCCUCAACGAGCACAAUCGUUCUAUUAUACUAGAAUGGCGACUGCUGUUUUCGGUCGUCAAUGUACAACAGGCAGUAAUACUGCAAAAUCACACAAAGAACACCUGCGAAAAGGUAAGGAUUCACGACGGAGACAGGCGGCUCUUUUGUUCCUCAACAACAUAUCUUUAGACGGAAGGCCUUUGUAUCAUCUCAGCAAUGGAAACCACGGUCAAAGGGAGGCCGCGGAACUCCGAAGUCGAGACGCCACCGGGGCACAGGCGACUGGACACCCUCUUUUCUCAUCGAGUAUCUACGGAACCGUCUCCCUUGUGGCACCCUCCUUGGCCGGUGGCGCUGCUCCUACUGUGGCGGGGAUCAGUGGACUGAGCCCAGUCCCUCCUAAUUUGGUCAUGUCUACAGACACGGGCUCAAGUACUGCUGUGCGGUGUAGUGAGGUGUUUUUUGAGGGAGUUGACCCCAUGGUCCCACCAGAUACCCCUCUGUCCCCCACCUCUGGACCUCAGACAUUCAAUCCAAGUGCCAAAUCAUCAUUUGUGCUCCAGACUCAGAAUUCCGUUCCGGGGGAUACACAAAGAUCACGGAAUCAUUCGGGCUCUCCAAAACCUGCAAGGGUGGCCAAGAAGGUCCACUUUAUCAAGAAUAUGAGGCAGUAUGACACAAGAGGCAGCAGGAUCAUGAUGAUUUGUGCCAAGCGGUCUCUAUGUGCUGCUUUCUCAGUGCUGCCCUAUGGAGAGCGUAUUCACCUCAGUGACUCAAAGUUGGAGGCGCACAAACUACAGCUGUCCUCUGGGGUGGCAUCUGACCUGUUCCCUGGCCUGGAGGGCCUGGGGGUGGAGCUAGGUGCAUAUGGAAAGGUAAGGUUGAACUGGAGAGUAAUUGCACACUGUCUGUCUGUGCUUUGUGUUCGUAAACAUCUCUUUCCUCAUCAGACGGUAUCGUACGCUCAGUUCCUUUUCCCCACUAAUGCCCUGGUGAGACCGAAGAGCAGUGGACCACUAGAGCCCAGCACAACACAGACCCCCCUGUCACGUUACCAAUGCAACGGCCAGAAGAACUACACCACCCCGUCUCGACUCAACAGCACCAUAGGACAGGACCUGAAUAUAGAAGACCUGGCAGACUAUGAUCCCUACCUACUCAGUGACCCUCAGUGGCCUUGCGGGAGACACAAGAGAGUUCUUAUAUUCUCAUCAUAUGUGACGACUGUUAUUGAGUAUGUAAAGCCGUCGGACCUGAAGAAAGACAUGAAUGAGACGUUUAAGGAGAAGUUCCCCUAUAUUAAACUGACCCUCAGCAAGAUAAGAAGCCUGAAAUGGGAGAUGCGUGCGGUGGGAGAGGAGUGCAGUUUGCAGCCGGUCACAGUGGCCAUGGCAUUUGUGUACUUUGAGAAACUGGUGCUGCAGGGCCGCCUGAACAAGCAGAAUAGGAAGUUGGUGUCUGCAGCCUGCGUCCUACUGGCAGCCAAGAUCAGCAGUGACCUGAAGAAGCAGGAGGUCCGACAGCUGAUUGACAAGCUGGAGGAGCGUUUUCGUAUAAACCGCCGGGAGUUGAUUCCAUUGGAGUUCCCUGUCCUGGUUGCCUUGGAAAUGGGGCUCUACCUCCCUGACAGCAAGGUCAUGCCGCACUACCGCAGGCUGGUGCAGCAGGGCUAGACUGGAGGUGGCCCGGAGAACUGGCCUGUGACAGUUUUGAUAUUUAAGUCCUGAUGAUAUUGAUUGGAAAUGCUGAUCCUGAAUCAGCACCUUGAGAGAUGCACCUUCUGCCCUAGAAUCUGUUCAGGUGUAGCAGGCCAGCCCAGCUUACAAUGCUCCUUAUAAAAAUAAAGUUUAGGUACUCUAUUUAUUUGAUUGAAUGCCAUCCAAUAUCUUGAUAACUUGAUAUGAUAAUAUCUUGGUAAUAGAAUGAAGGAUUUUUAAGAAUAUUUUCUGAAAAGCUGUUGGACUUUUUUUUUCUUUCUAUGUUUUGAUUCUUGUUGGGUCAGCUUGUUCUGAACUUCUUUCUGGGUGGUAUAUGGCAUUCUGAUGUGAAUAUUUUUUUUCAUAGAAGGGUUCAAAACCAUGUUUAUUUGUACAAAAAGUACACCUUAAAUAUUUGCAAAAAAUGUGUGUGUAGGAUGGCAACCCGAUGGGGGUGUCUGUAAGAACACAGAGGACUUUUACUAUUCUCUAGUUUAGCUCUUUCGGUCUUAAAGGCAUUGGUGCUCGGAUGAGUGGCAACGAUGGGUUACAUGUGAUCAGAUGACAGAUGUAGAUGGUUUUAGUUGUCAGCACACGCAUCUGUUUGUGUCCAUUGUACGUACUGGUUUGGUUGCUUGUGAGAAGAGGGCUAAUGAUUGAAGGUGAGAGCACAGAUCUCCCGAGGGUUGACUUGUUGUUCAAAGUUUUUUUUUUUUUUAUCAAAAAAUCUAACCAGAUUAAGACUUGCAGUGCAUUCAAAAUACAUGAGUGCUUUGUUAUAGAUGAUGUCACAGAUCAUGUUAAAGGUGGUGAUUGUUCCUUCUAAUCCUCUGUACUUUCAUUUCUAACUGUGGGAAGAAGUUUUAACUUAGACACACUCUUUAAAUAGAGUUUAAGGUCCUCAUUAUGUGAUGUUGAUGGUUGCCAUCAGUUUGAAAUAAUUUAGACGCCCUGAAGUAAUUCCCUGUCCAAAGGGAGAUUUUUUUUUUGUGUGUGUGUAAAUUGUGCCUGGUAUUGGUAUCUUUGCUCAUUAUAGCUUGUGUUGAUCUUACUAUUUAUUCACUCACUUUGAAAAUGACACAUCAGUCAUUGGACUUAAAAGGCCUCAUGUGAUUGAGAUGACACUCUGGCCAGACCAGAACUCUCAUCCUCAGUUGUUUUUAUUGUAUCAUUUGUUUAGAACUUUGCUUGGAUGGUAUUUAUUACCCUUUUCUUGGGUUGGAAUCUCAACAGUUUUGAUCAUGUCAGUUCUGUAGCUAGCAAUCAGUCUAAUUGUGUAGACUUUAAAUCACCACUGUGCAAUCAACUGCCUCUUUGAUGUUCUAUUACACAAAUUACUUUUCUGCUGUGAAUGGUUUUGUUAAGUUGCAUGGUUCAGUCAAUCUUCAUAUCAGUACUUCGUUGGUAUUGUAUAUCAACACCCAGGUAUAGGAUUUGCAACAAGUAUUCUUACCAUAUUGUUCAAAGUACUGGAUCAUCCACAAGCCAGUUGUCUUUUUUAUUAGCUCAGGAAAUAUCUUUGAAUUAAUGCUUUAUUUUCCACUGAUCAUUCUGAGAUCAUGGGAUUUAUCAAACAGAAACUCUGGAAUGAGAGCAGGUAGAAACCAGUUAUUUGUGUGUCCUAAAGUGUAUUUAUUUACAGUAUUUUGUGUAUUUCUCUUCAUUUGCAUUGUAUUAUGCCACUUGACAAAACAGUAAGAAGUGCCUAAAAACCACCAUGAGUUGAAUGACAUAUCAGUCCUAUCCAGAUAUUAUUCCCUCUUGUAUUUCACUCUCUUAUUGCUGUUGGGGUGUUUCACCGUACCUGUGAAUAUCAUGGAAAAUUGGCCUCUGCAUAAUGUGAAGCUCAUUGUUCUUUGAGUGAUCUUGGAAAAAUGUUUUGUACAGUAAUGUGCAGAUUUCUGCUGUGGUGUGACUGGAUGUGGUGUGACUGGAUGUCUUUGUUUUGCAAAUGUAUGCUUAAAUCACCUCAUGUCAUUGGUUUAGAAUGUGAAAUGGUAGAACUUCUGACAAAUUUGUGAUCAUGGAUGGUGUCAAUUUUGUAUAUUUUAAAGUAUAUUUUUAUUCUUAAAUCAGAAAAUAUAUUUAAACAUUUUCUAACCAUUAAGACCACAUGACUGGAGUUUUUUAAAGUUUUUUUAGGCCAGGAAGCUACAGGUCACAUUGGCACAUGUAGCUGACACUAGUCUAUCAAGGCCCAAAUCCUAAACAGUCACAAUAUUCUGGUUUGCAAUACCAGGGAACACAUUUUAAUGUUGUUGAUUCAAGCUCUGAUUUGAGCACGUGUGCAUCAAUUUGUUAUAAUUUUAACACCCAAUUGAGGGUAGGUGUCUGGGAGACCGCUUCAGUGCUCUAAAUAACAUCCACUCUCUUAUUGCUGUUGGGGUGUUUCACCGUACCUGUGAAUAUCAUGGAAAAUUGGCCUCUGCAUAAUGUGAAGCUCAUUGUUCUUUGAGUGAUCUUGGAAAAAUGUUUUGUACAGUAAUGUGCAGAUUUCUGCUGUGGUGUGACUGGAUGUGGUGUGACUGGAUGUCUUUGUUUUGCAAAUGUAUGCUUAAAUCACCUCAUGUCAUUGGUUUAGAAUGUGAAAUGGUAGAACUUCUGACAAAUUUGUGAUCAUGGAUGGUGUCAAUUUUGUAUAUUUUAAAGUAUAUUUUUAUUCUUAAAUCAGAAAAUAUAUUUAAACAUUUUCUAACCAUUAA